AGAGUGAAAAGUCUGCAGCUGCUUUGGAAAGAGGGGGAACUAGAGAGAGAGAUGAGAGGAGAGGAGAGAAAGAAAGUGACAGUAGGCCACAUCAUUAAACACUGACAACGGGUCAAAGACAGAGUAGCAGAGAAAGGGGGUAUCCAGAACAUACCAUAACCAUAUGUGGUCUUAAAAGUGGAAAAAUCUGUUACUUUGGAAACAGAAAAAACUAAGAAACUAACAGGAAACUUUCCCCGGAAAAGAUAGAGAAGAAAGAAAGUCAUCUAGUUUUUGAACAACUUGAGGACUCAUCAUGUCAACCCUCCCGGCAGAGACAGGCCCUGAGGAUGCCAACAAUCAGAGCUUCUGGAUGCCAGGGAACUACCACAGCACAGUGAAGAGGACCGAAGAUGCCUUCCAGGCAUGUAAUGACAUAGUGACGUGUUUUCAGGAGAGGGCCAGGGUCGAGAGACAGUACGCGCAGCAACUUAGUGAGUGGAGUACCAAAUGGAAACCCCUAGUGGAUGCGAGUCCUCUCUACGGCUCUCUGUUACAAGCGUGGCAGUGCUUCCUCUCUUCUGCUGACCGCCUCUCCUCACUGCACUCCUCCAUCUGCCGAGCUCUGGUGUCAGAGGAUGGAGAUCGCAUCCGGACGUGGCAGAAGGACACUUUCCAUAAGAAGAUAUUUGGAGGUUUCAAGGAGUCCCAGGAUUUUGAAACCGGUUUCUCACGUGCUCAGAAGCCCUGGGGCAAGAGAUUGAAGAAGUUAGAGAAGGCCAGGACAGCAUUUCACAAAGCUUGUCGCAAGGAACACAUGGCUCGUGAGCGGGGGGCCCACGCCCAAGGAAACCCUGACAUUGCCAUUGAGAAACAGAGGAAGAUCCAGGAAGAGACCGAACUAGCUCACCAGGAGACAGAGAAAGUGCGAGCCCGCUAUGAGAAGGUUCUCGAGGAAGUGACGCGUUAUGCUCCGCGCUACAUGGAGGAAAUGGAGUCUAUCUUUGACCAAUCACAAGAGGAGGAGAGGAAGAGGAUAAGUUUCCUCAAACAGGCUUUCCUUUCCAUCCACAGACACUUGGAUGUCACUAACAAUGACAGCAUAAAAGCCGUGUACAAUGAGCUCCAUAACACUCUGAUGUCCAUCAGCGAGCAGGAGGAUUUGCGCUGGUGGAAGAAUACACAUGGGCCGGGAAUGCCCACUGACUGGCCUCAAUUUCAGGAGUGGACUCCAGACAAGAAGCAUAAAAAGGGAAAGAAGGAGGUGGAGCAGAAAGCAGUAAUGAUGGAGAGAAGUGUAAUGAUUGGAGGAGUGAGAGUCAGAGCUCUUUAUGACUAUGUUGGACAGGAGACAGAUGAACUCUCCUUCAAAGCAGGUGAGGAGUUUCUAAAGAUCGAGGAUGAGGAUGAUCAGGGUUGGUGCAGAGGCAUGAUGGAUGGAGGGAAAGAGGGCCUUUACCCUGCUAACUACGUGGAGGUGGUGUAGAUCAACAGGAAGACACAGAGCUCCCGCUCUGGGUUACAUAAAUGCCUACAGGUUUAAGCCAGUUUCACAGCCAUGUUUAUUGAAGUUUGGUGCAGGUACGGGUUUAGAGCUGAAUUAAGUAUGGGAAGUUUGGAUCUGAACAAGAAAAUGCCCUAAAGUGCUUUCAUUACGAUCUUACUUGAGAACAUUGUAUGGUCUGGUUUCACAGACAGGGCUUAUAUUAAGCCAGGGUUAGGCCUUAGUUCAAUUAGGACAUUUGACUAGCUUUUAUAAAUGGACCUUAGAAAAAAAAAACAUUACUGGUGUGCAUCUUGAGACAAAACAACAGCACUGGCAUAAUUUACAUAAGAAACGUCAGUCAAAUUACUUUCAGUUAAAACAGCUCAAACAUGUAUUUUAGUCUGAGACUAGUUUAAGCCUUGUCUGUGAAAUUGGGCAUAUUGUGUAUCACAUUUUGGCUUUAGAUUAAAAUAUGCAGAGAUUUUCAUUCAAUUAUGAUAUAAUUAGGUACAAAGAUCCUCUAAUUUUUAGAGAAAAUGAACUGCAUUGUCUUGCAUGAACCUACAGAGAAUUUUGACGAUGCCUCACACCAAAGACUUCAGUGCAUUUUUACAUUUUAUCAAUGACAUACUUCUGAUGAGAAUUGUUAUAUCUGAUGCCUGUGUAAAAGGGGCCAGAUGGGUACGUCAUUCACAGCUGCGAAUUUCACGCAAGGUGUUAAUAGGUAUGAUAAUAUGCUAUAUUUUAUCCGCUUUGAUCGUGUUACUAAAUAUCACUUGUCUCACAUUUAAUUAUUUUAGUUACAUAAAGGCAGUAUUAAUCAACACCAUUUAAAGUGAUAUCCGUGGGACCCUUUACGGUCUCUUCUUGUGUAUUUCUGUUGUGUUUUUAGAUGUCAUUCUAACCAAAGAAAAAGGAUGUAUGCAAAUAAGCCCAAUGUUUAUUUGUGCAGUAGUGAGAGUAAAUUACAUCGGAUCAGGGCCAUAUAGUCACUAAUCAAAUGCAAAUACUACCAGUAUUAAAAAGGAUACAGAUUA